GUUGCGAACUUCCGCCCUGCACCCUUUGAAGCUGGUUUAUACCGCAUACAUCACGAGAAGAUGGCUCCCCGUAAGAAUGAAACUCUCGUCUCGUCGAGUCCGAAAAAGUCCUACGCCGAAGUCGCGAAAGCGCCCCCUCCUCCUCCGAAGCCCAUGGUUGAGCGCAUUCCGUCACUGGCGCGCUUCUUUCUAGUGGUAAUCAGUAGCUUAGCACUCAGCUCAACUCUGUUUACUCUCACGUCUCCAAUUACCCUCGGCGAAUUGGGUAGUGUGAGCAGGCAUCUUGAGGAAUGGUGGGAAGUGGGAGGUUUGAUGUCAUGGAAAGCUGUCGAGGUCGCGUUAGCUUGGGCAUUGGGUUUCGACGGACGCGACGUUCUAAAUUUCGUGUUCCUGAUCCACCUGCCAACUUACGCUCUGCUCUCAUCCUUCUACGGACUCCGACCAACAGCCGUUCUCGCAUCUUAUGCAAUCGUGUUAAUCUCUAGCGCUGUACCAUUUGCUCUUCUGCGCAAGCCUAGUUCCGUUCAUAACCUCGCCCGCGCCCCUUCCACCGCCGUCUCCAACCGGGGCAUCCUCCAAGACUGGGGCAUCACCGUAUACACGACCAUUCUCGCUACAGCCAUCUACGCCGUCACCUUAUAUUUUAGCUAUCAGACCUGGCUCCCCGCGCAACUAGUUGUGCAUUUCGAGAGACUCCCGAGCGUCACUCGAGUCCACGCCGGCCCUGCCGGCUUACCGACUCUUUUCCUCUCUCUUCUCCCAGCGGGUUGGGCAGCGAGGGACUUCCUUUUUGUCAGCUCUGCGGGCACCCCGGCCGUACAGGAUACCGAGAUUGAAAAAGGAAAAAGCGUCCUUCCUCAGCAGGGAGAGUACCUUGCCUCCACCGUCUAUCGGAAGACUUGGGGCGCGCUUUCAUGGAGGACCAGGGUGCUUAUCAAGCGAACGGUGACUCUAGCCACUGUUCUCAUGGCCAACACUAUCAUUCAGGUUGCAGGGACAGUAAGCGGUGCUAGCUUCCAAGGCGCUUCGGUGUGGGGAUUCGUAUGGACAACGGCUACCUUGGUCGUGGGGUUGGUCUAUGGUUGGAUUGAGGCUGUUGAUGGACUUUAG